AUGUAUAUCCCCCAACCCCUCAAUGGCCGAGUGCCAAGGAGCUUCGGUCUUGGGACAGAGCCUCGCUCUCCCGAUUUCGAGGUGGCAGCACGUGUAGACAAACCCAACAAUAUCGUCGCAAAGAGACAGGUCUCGAUAUCAGGUGGCGAGACCACCAACUUGACGGUUGGAGUCACGGUCGGGGUGGCCAUCCUCGUAUUCAUCUUGGGCGCUGGAGCCUUUCUCUACUAUUACAGAGUGUCCCUCAAAAAGAUCAGUCGCCGCCAGCACCGUCGUCGCCGACGCCAUCACUCCCACAAAUCAUACAGCUCUAGGAGCUCAAAGAGCUCGGCCGACGACGGCCCCGCCUCUCAUCCACCUCCUCGAGGGCCGCCCUCCGCGCCACGCUCUACCGCCCCGUCUGCCACGCCUGCUGAUCCCCCUGCCGACCCUCCGGCCGAUGCUCCAGCCGACCCUCCAGCUGGUACCCCAGCCGACCCACCGGCUGAGAAGUAG